UUAACACUAUAUAUCUCACUUUGAAAAUUCCAGGACUUACAUGCAUCCAGAAAUAUUUUUAUUGAAAUGGGAGAAUAUGCUGUGAUAAGAUUCUCAGUGGAUGAGUCAUUUUCUGAGAUUCCUCUAUCUUGGAUAUGUCCAGGCAGAAAAGAAUGUUGUGGCCAAAAACAAAGAAUGUGGCAAACCUUAUGGCAAGAAAUUCGCCUCCAGAUAAGGAAAACUGGGAAAAACAUUCCAUAGAAAUGAUUGCUUUCAGCUCUUCAUUAGAGAGUGCUAGAAAAAAAGCUGUUGAUUCUGAAUAUUACACUACAUCUGACGAAAGCUCAAAUAAAGGACGUGGAAAGAGAAUAAAAAGGCCAAAAAAUUUUAGCAGUUCUUCGGAUGAGGAAAAUGAAGUUCACACACCACCACCUGCUCUGAAAAAAACACCAAGCAUAGAAACCUACCCAUUGAUUCACCGAACAAGUGUUCAUACACCACCACCUGUUCCGAAAAUAAUACCAAGUAGAGAAAAUUACUCCUCGUCGAAACAAACAAGCGGUAAGAGAUGAAAUUUCUGUUUUUCUAAUCCAAAAAAAACUCAAUCAUUCCAUUGGAUGUUUUUACUUGAAUUUCCCCGACUCAAGAAUCUCUAUUGCAAGUCAACUGAAAUUGAGAAGGCAGGCUGGACAAGAUAAUAGUCAACAUUCAGACCAUGAAAGUUCGAAUUCAGGUGAAUAUCUUGUACUACUGAAAGUAAUACAUAUUCAUUUCUCAAUCAUUUCAGAACAUUUUAUAUCAAGCGAUACUACCCAAAAUUCUGGUGAGGAUAAUGAGGAUAUAACUUUGAUAUCAAAAAAAAAUAUUUCGCAGACAGAAGAAAUUUCAAGAAUGAGUGGUAAGUAGGUUGAGAAAUUUCUUUGUGGUAUUGUAUUCAAAUGAAACCAUGUGUUUUUUUAUGAUAUAUAAAAAUGAAAAUGUUUCAGAAAAUAUUAAGAGAAUACUGAGUAUUUGCAAAGGCACUCUGCUGGAAGUCAGAUCCAUCAGUGAAAGAUUGAGCAAAAUAGAAUUAACUGAGAAUGCACCAAAAGUCGAUGUUUCAGGCAUGGA